AAAUAACAAAAGUGAAGUAUAAAGGAGCGGUUAGGGUCGUUAGGGUUUAUAGAGGGCUUAUUAUCUGGAGCUGAAGACUUGAGUAGCCGCACACACUGUUCAUUUGAUUACGAAUCAUGCCGAAGUCCAAGCGUAAUAAAGCAGUUACACUAACAAAAACAAAGAAGAAAGGAAGAGAACAUAAGGAAUUGAUAGUGACUUCUAUUAGAGACGCUGUCGAAACAUACAGUUCUGUUUAUGUGUUUUCUUUUGAGAACAUGAGAAAUCUCAAGUUCAAAGAGUUCAGAGAGCAACUCAAAACUACCAGCAGAUUUUUUCUUGGAUCAAAUAAAGUAAUGCAAAUAGCUUUAGGCCGAUCUGCUUCUGAUGAAAUUAGGCCUGGCCUUCACAAAGUUUCCAAGCUCUUGCACGGAGAUGCUGGACUUUUCCUUACCAACUUAUCAAAAGAAGAAGUUGAAAGGAUAAUUAAUGAAUAUGAAGAUUAUGACUUUGCCAAGACAGGAAGCAUUGCAACAGAAAGGGUAGAACUAAAGGAGGGUCCUUUGGAGCAGUUCACUCAUGAAAUGGAGCCAUUUUUGCGCAAGCAAGAGAUGCCUGUUCGGUUGAACAAGGGUGUUGUGGAGCUUGUUUCAGAUUUUGUUGUCUGUGAAGAGGGAAAGCAUUUGUCCCCCGAGUCUGCUCGCAUACUGAGAUCCAUGGGUAUCAAGAUGGCUACAUUCAAACUUCACUUAAUAUGCAGAUGGAGUCCUGAAGACUUCGAGCUAUAUAGAGAAGGACAGGGUGAGUCGGAUAUUGAUUCUGAAUGAAAUCAAGAUGGCGAGGUUCCGACUUCUUUUAUAUGCAGACGGAGUCCUGAAGAUUCUUGAUUCUGCAUGAAAGUCGCAGUUCACAUGGCUUAUGUACUUUUUGACUGUAAUAUAUACUAGUUAUGAGAUGCAUCAAAAUCGUUCAGCUCUAGUUUGUUGCUGGCAGUGGCAGUGGCAGUGUGCUUGUAGUGCAAAGUAAUGCGAGAGUAGGAGUUUUGAGUUAUCAAACAGCAGCAUAUUUUAUUAUUCAGUUUAGUUUGGAAAUUGCUGCAUUCAAUUUUGUCUGUCAUCUGUUUCAAUUAUAUUUCUUAAAGAAAAAUUAUGUGA